GUGGGAGUUGGAGCCUCCAGCAGCAGAAACGCCCUGCAUACGCUCUCCUCUCUCCUCCAACAUCCAUCCCGGCUCUCUUCUGCUCCUCCAGCCGCGGAGGAGCCAUUCUGAGCCCGAAGGAAGACGAACCAGACCUCGCUGGAAGAAAUGGCCUUUUAACACCAGAGAGAAGAACCCAGAAAAGACAUGGAUCCUUUGCCUUUUUCCUUCCAACACCACCUCCUCCUCCUGCUCGCUUCCCUGAACUGCUUCCCCGCUGCUGCUGACAUGAGACUCGGUUGCCUGUUUGAGAACGGGCUGUGUUCACCAUAUGAGAUCUGCCUCAACGAUGGUAUGUUUGGGAGGUGUCACCCAGUUCCAGUGAAGGAGGUUUACACCUAUGAUGUCUCCCCGUCUGUAGUGCAACACUUCAGGACGCUGCUGGAGAAGCUUUCUAACAGAGGUUUGACCUGGGAAGAUGACACCACUCAGCAGCUUCUGUCCAAGGAGUUAUCCAAGCUGAGGAGGGUUCCCUACAGGCCACAGAAUGGAGCUGUCUACAACACCGACAGCAGGCCGGUAGCUGGAGCGAUGGACCCAGUAGACCAGAGGGUGAAGCCGGUGGAGGUGGAGCUCAGUAGAAAUCUCCAGACGUACCUCCAACGUCUCGGCCUCCUUCCCAAGACGCCAUCUGCCUCUAGUCUGAGCACCCUGGGCAAGGGUGACCGUUUCCCUAUGGACUCCUAUCGCUCCAAGGCCCAGAUUCCAGCUCAGAAGUCAUCUCCCUCCAGCCUUUCCCCUCUUUUAUCUUUCUUACCUCUGCAGAAGCAGAGACCUCCAGCUGACCAGCUCCUCACCAAGCAGGCUGAGGGUGACCUUCUCCUGGGCGCCCUGCGGCAGUAUCUCUCUAGGCAUCUGUCCUUGUACGGUGGCGGGGUGAGCCCCGAGGAGCAGGAGGCCCCCUCACCCCACCAGAGGCCUUUCUACGCCAACGUAAAAGAAAACUCUGGACUCAAAAAAGAAACGUCAAAAUCCAGGCUUCUAAAGUUGGGAAGAACGCAGGGGGCUUCAGUCAAAGACCCUCUGACAUCUGUGGAUGAGAGGUUCAUCAAGAACGUUUUGAAGAGCGUUGGCAGGCACCACGUGGAUGUGGAUGGCCUGACGGUGCAGGAUUUGGGCCAACUGUCCAGCCUAAUAGCUGAUGCUCUGCAGGUGGUCGACCAGGACCAGGGACUUAACAGGGACCUGAUCCAUGCCAGACCUGGACCGAGAGACCUGAGGAAGGAAGAAGAGGAGGAGGCUGCCAGGGAUGAGGAAGAGGAGAAGUUGCUUGAGAAAACUCCAACACUAAAACCACAUGAGAGCACUCCCAUAGUCCCGGCAGCACUUCAAGAGCGCCACACGGAUACAGAGGAGCAUAUUGUGAAGGACAAGCCUGAGGGUGGAAACCUCUUUACCAAACUUCUGGCCUACCUGGACAAAACUUCCUUCAACGCCUCUCCUCCAGCAAGAAAUCGUGACGUUGUUGCUAUGGAGACACCCAUAGGCCAACAGGUGGGCCUGGAAAAUGUCCAGAGCCGGACCAGCGGUGCUGGGGUGACGGUGCAGAAGAAGGACGCCACCCAGUCUGUGGAGGAGGUGUCGGAAGUGCAGGGCUGGAUCAAGGAGGUGGCGCCCCCUCCUGCUUCGCUUGUGUAUGAGGAGCCGCACGAGAAGACGAUGCACGUUCCCGAACUUCAACUGGACGUCAAAGCCAGCAGGACCAAGGCAGACGAUGAUAUCUUCGGCUAUGUCAUCACCGACACAGAUGGGCUCCAAACAGACGAAGGCCUCCACCUAAUGGAGAUCCUGGCUCGCAUGUCUAAAAUCCAGAUGACCGACUUCGCCGAGCUCUCGGUGGUGGGCCCCGCAGUGACCUUCAAAGUGAGCCCGAACACUCACAACGUCAGCACCACAGAUGUGGCCAACGUGGCUGUUCACCAGAAAGAGACUCUGGAGAAGGAAGCCAAGGUCAGCAUCCUGGAGGCCGGGGUCACCGAUGGAAGCCAGAUCAACCAGAUCCCCACAAAGUUCAGCCAGGCGGAGUCCACCAAGUUCCUGGUCCUCACAGUGGUGUCUAUUCUGUGCAUCGUCGGCGUGCUGCUGGCCUCCACCGUGGUCUACUGCCUCCGCCACCGCUCCCACCACAAGCUGAAACAGAAGCUCACCAAUCUGGGAACAGAUACUGGCAGCGAUGCUACCGCCACCUAUCAGGAGCUCUGUCGGCAGCGCAUGGCGGUCAAACCUCCGGCAGAGCGUCCGGAGCCCAUCUCCUCCAGGAUCAACAGCGUGUCGUCUCAGUUCAGCGAUGGCGGUCAAGCCGUCAGCCCCUCGGCGCGGAGCAGCAUCUCCUCCUGGAGCGAAGAGCCCGCCCACUCCAACAUGGACAUCUCUACCGGUCACAUGAUACUGUCCUACAUGGAGGAUCACAUGAAGAACAAGGACCGCCUGGAGAAGGAGUGGGAGGCGCUGUGUGCCUAUCAGGCAGAACCCAACGCCUGCACCAGCGGCCUGAAGGAUGGCAACACCAAGAAGAACCGCUCCACUGCCAUUGUGGCAUAUGAUCACUCCAGAAUCACCUUGAAGGUGGAGAACAGCCAAGGCAAUUCUGAUUACAUCAAUGCCAGUCCAAUCAUGGAUCAUGAUCCCAGGAACCCUGCCUACAUCGCCACUCAAGGCCCUCUGCCCUCCACCGUGGCUGAUUUCUGGCAGAUGGUAUGGGAGAACGGCUGCGUGGUUAUCGUUAUGCUGACACCUCUUGUUGAGAGCGGGGUGAAGCAGUGCUACCACUACUGGCCUGAUGAGGGAUCCAACCUGUACCACAUCUACGAGGUGAACCUGGUGUCCGAACACAUCUGGUGCGAUGAUUUCCUGGUUCGAAGCUUCUACCUAAAGAACAUGCAGACCAACGAGACACGAACCGUCACUCAGUUCCACUUCCUGACCUGGCUCAACCAGAAUGUCCCGGAGACCAGCCGGACGCUCCUCGACUUCCGCAGAAAAGUUAACAAGUGCUACCGGGGACGCUCGUGUCCUAUCAUAGUCCACUGCAGUGAUGGAGCAGGAAGAAGUGGGACCUACGUCCUGAUUGACAUGGUCCUCAACAAGAUGGCUAAAGGUGCCAAGGAGAUUGAUAUUGCAGCAACUCUGGAGCACCUGCGGGACCAGAGGCCGGGAAUGGUUCAGACCAAGGAUCAAUUUGAGUUUGCGUUGACGGCCGUUGCGGAGGAAGUGAACGCCAUUCUGAAAGCUCUUCCACAGUAGGAGGGAGCACCUCUUUCUGAUGGACCUCCUUUCUCUUCUUCUUCCUCCUCUUCUGUCUCAUCUAGAGGACAGUCCCUAUUAUUACUUCCUUAUGUUUCAACCUCCCAUCUUGUCAAUCAGCUUCCCUGUUUCCAUCUCUUCCUUUAUCCUCUCAUUCUCCCCUUUGUCUUAUCCUUUCUCAUUUUGUCUCCUCUUUUCCCAAUUUCCAUCCCAGUUUUACCUCUUCUUCCUUUGGGCCUUUUCUCAUAUUUACUUGUUUUUCCUGUCCUCUCCUCUUUCCCCCUCAUGUCACAUUGUCUUGUUCCUUCAUCUUUACCCACCCUAUCUUGUUUAUUUCCUUGUUUCCUGGAUGGUCUCCUGCUAUAUCUCUCCCCAACUGUCCUCCUUUCCCUUCUCUAAUUCUCUCGUGUCCCUGUCUUUUUCCAAAUGUCUCCUCCUUUUCACUUCCUUCUGUUUCUUAUUUUAACGUUGUCCUUUCUCCUCUUGUUUUCUUUCCUUUUUCGCCUCCUCUUUCCAGUCAUCGCCCCCUCCAUCCACUUCUUCCCAUCUUCUCCUCUCUUUCUAUCUUAGUAAACAUUGUGUCAGGAAACCCUAAACCAAUCCUGUACAUAGAUGGACCUUCCUUCUAUUGUAAUCCAUCGUGGCAGCCUGUUUUUUUUUCCAAAGUAACAUUUAAACACAUUUUCAUGAUGAUGUUCUGUUAAGAGUAUAUGUAUCAUAGCUUCUGUUUGGUUGGUCUUCGUUUUCAGUGUGUGUGAUGUUGAUUAUCAUGUUUGUAUCACAAAAUCCUAUUUGUGUCUGAUUUUUAGAGCCAUGCUUUCUGAUAUGUUGUCAUGCAGUAUGCUCAAGUGUCCCAGUAACUCUUUGAUUUCAUCUAUCAUUGAAUUUUUCUUUUCUCAACAGUAAGUGAUAAAAAAACUGCCAAUCUGGUAGGGUUUCCAAAAUGUAUGGCAACUCCAUUAAGCAUCUCCAAUUUUCCUCUUAUUGUUAGAAAAAUAAAACAAAAUGCUGGUACUGGAUUUGAGGUGAAAUAACAUGGAUAUAUUUUUUUCACUGUGUAAUUGUCAUUAUCCUAGUAGAAGCAAUAUUGUGUUUCUUCAACCUGACUCGUGGACAACCAAUACUGUGGCUUGUCAUGUCUGCCUUAAACUCAGUAGAUGGACUUUUAAAUGUGUCCAGCCACAUGGAAACUUGCCUAGUGUGUAACGCUUCAUUUUAAAAUGGCCUUAUUCCAGCGUAUUAACCUGUGGAUUAAAGGUUUGCUGUGCUGCUACUUAAUAAAAAAUCUCUCUGAUAAGACUAAAGAGCAUGCAGUCUAAUUUGGGGGCAGGAAGUUACCUUUAGUGCAAACAUUUGUGAGAGUCAGCAGUAAUCUUGUAUACUUGAAAAAGCACCUAUUAAUCACUUUGAACCACAGGACGCUGGAAUAAUAUAUGUAAUAAAAUAAAGAGUUUCUGACUAGUACUUUUAUGAUAAAAGAGAAUAGUCUUGCUUCUGAAUAGCAGUUCUUCUAUGUAGCAUUAAUGGAUGAUUUGUACAUGUACAGUAGCUGAAACUGUAUUGCAUUGAAAACUAGUUUGCUGUGACACUCGUCAGCUGGUUUUCCCAAAAGCAUCUUGUGACUUACUGGGUUUUUGUUUUGUUGUAAAUGAAAGGAGCAGCAUUAAAGGACCAUGCCAGUGAUUGAUUUGCAUCUUUUCUCCCAUCAAUUUCAAACUGAUUGUACUUUACAUAACUGCUUACUCAAUCAUGCUCUUGUGAACAUAUGUAGAAAGUUUAAGUCUGAAAUUUAAAGAUUUGUUGGAAAGGGAAAGUAUGGAAAUUAAUGGAAACCUGGUAUGGAAAUUAAUGGAAAUUAGUUGAACCUUCAACUGAACAAAACACUACUAACAUGCUUCAACUUUCAACUUUAUUUUGUCCCCGGAGGGCUAUUAGUUUUACAUCAAGGCAUACUGGAUAACAAUGCAGCAAGUUUGGAUGUUAAAGCCUCCAUAAUCUGAAGAUGCCUUUGGGAAACAGCUCAUAGUUUGUGUAAAAUCAACUUUAUUUCACUGCUUUCAAUUGGCUAUCACUAAGUGGACAGUUUUAAAUAUUUAUCCAUCAAAUUCUAGCUUCCUUUGUCCUAUCUAAUUUCAAUCACCAAUAAUAUGACUUCCGUACACUCUACUAGUGCUACUAGUGCAUGGCUGUUUAUUCAGCAAAGUGCUGUACUUUCCUGUGGCCUCAAAGCGAUCUUAGCAAAACUCUUCAAGCAAACAAACAAAUGUAAACUUUAUUCCAAACUAUGUUUUGCACGAGAAGUUCCAAGGACCUUAAAAGUGCAAAAGCCAAGGAUUAUCAUUUGUAGACUGUGCAGAUCGUGGUUAAAGUAAGAUGAAAGGUGGUGCAGUAUCGACAUGAUGUAACACUGCAGCAAGCUGGUAUGUUGUUGAAAUCGACUCCAUUGAAACAUGUUGCAAGAUACACUCCUCAUAACAGCUUGUUUAAUGUAGAAUGGGAUCUUAAUGUUUUUUCCUUACUGUCAUGUAUGGAAUAACUGAAACUGCAUUGAAAUAAUUACAAUUAUACUGGCCAUUUUAAUGUGAGUCAAAACUAAACUUGUUAUAAUAGGUAUGUCUUUUGGUAGUUUUGGUCGUUUUCCCCAAUAAAGUUCUGUAUUUCACACACGCCAUCAACUGUCAAUAGAUGGCUGGUCUGUUGCAUUACCACAAUGUACAUAAACCCCCCAAAAAACAGAAGAUAUUUUGUUCUAUUGGUGUAAACAAUUUGUGAAUAAAGUCUCAUUGUCAAUCCAGUAUUGUAAUGCAAUCCUGA